AUGGGUUCGGACAAGCCCGAGCAUGCCACGGUGAUGGUUCACCCUAACAACCGAGCCAUAGCAUACUGGCGAGAAAGGUUCCUCGUGCUAUGUCUAGGCAUGAGACCGGUAGAGGCCUACUGCCGAGAGUUUAUGAUGCCCAAUGACGCGAUAGGAUGCACCCUUGAUCUGGACGUGCUCAACCGUAAGUUUUGGCAUGGGUUGAGGGAUGAGCUGCGUCGGGCCUUUGACCCAUACGCUCACCAUACAAUGUUAACGCUAGCCUCCGAUGCGACUCUUCUUGAGGGCCGCAAGGGGAUUCCUGGACAGAAGAGGUGCCCACAGGAACCAGGUUGGCACAUAGUGCCAAUAUAG